UUUUCAUAGUUGUCAUUAUUGCCUAUUUUUACAUAUAUCUGUCCGGCUCUCAUAUAAAAUCUACGUUAUUCUUGCAGUCUUGCAAUCAUUUCGUCAAUUUAAUUAAUUAGCUUAUCUCUUCCUUUAAACUCAUUAACUAUAUUCCAAGAUUUUCUACUUCCGAAAGUCACUAUCUUUCCAUUCUAUUCCAUUAUUUACUAAAUAAAGAAAGUUUAAUUGUAUAAAAUGAGUAAAACUAAAGUUAACGAUGAUUUGCAAAGAGAAAGGGACAAGUGUACUUUUAAUGUAACGGAAUUAAUAAAUAUAAUCGAUGGAGGAAUACAAAAAACCGAAGAAAGAAAAAAACAAGAGGACAUGGUCCUGAAGGAAGGCAUUCAUUUAGAGCAAGUGCCUUCUGAAUAUCUCAGUCACAAGGAAAAGUAUGAGCUUGCUGUUAAAAAGGCAUGUUUGUUAUUCAAAGUGAUAAGGAGGAUGCAGGAAGAGGAGAAUGCUGGCAUGGAGAAUUACAGGGCUGUACUAGGAGGGAAAUUAGGUUCAGCAAUUCUGCAAGAUGGUUCACCCUUAACUCUCCACUAUGUAAUGUUCAUACCAACACUGAUGGGACAGGCGUCAGUGGAACAGCAAGUGCACUGGAUAGGAAGGGCGUUCGAUUUGAACAUCAUUGGAACCUAUGCUCAGACGGAACUCGGACAUGGAACAUUCAUCCGAGGCCUGGAGACUACAGCGACGUAUGACCCCAAAACAAAAGAGUUUGUGCUUCACAGUCCUACACUCACUUCAUACAAAUGGUGGCCCGGCGGAUUGGCUCACACUGCCAACUAUUGCAUAGUUAUGGCACAACUUUACACAAAAGGACAGUGUCAUGGCAUCCACCCAUUCAUCGUCCAGCUCCGUGACGAGGAAACUCAUAUGCCACUCAAAGGUAUAAAGAUUGGAGAGAUUGGCGUGAAGCUUGGCAUGAAUGGUACCAACAAUGGCUUCCUGGGAUUCGAGCAAGUGAGAAUCCCACGGGAACACAUGCUAAUGAAGAAUUCUAAAGUUCUGGAGGAUGGUACAUACGUGAACUCACCAAGCUCGAAGCUGGCGUACGGCACCAUGAUGUUUGUACGCGUCGUACUGGUGACAGACAUGUGUAAUUACAUGGCAAAGGCGGUCACCAUAGCGAUGCGGUACUCCGCAGUCAGGCGUCAGUCGCAGCCGAAGCCCAACGAACCGGAGCCUCAGAUCCUAGACUACCUGACGCAGCAGCACAAGUUAUUGAUCGGAGUGGCGUCGGUGCACGCGUUCCGUCUUAACGCUGACUGGCUCUGGAAUAUGUACAACAAUGUCACCGCAGAACUGGACGCCGGUGACCUGGAGCGGCUCCCUGAGUUGCAUGCGUUGUCGUGUUGCCUGAAAGCUGUGAGUACAGCGGACGCGGCGGAAUGUGUGGAGCGAUGUCGGCUCGCGUGCGGCGGACACGGAUACAUGCUGUCCUCCAACCUGCCCUCCACGUACGGACUCACCACCGCCGCCUGCACCUAUGAAGGCGAGAACACUGUGCUGCUGCUGCAAACCGCCAGGUAUCUGGUGAAAGCGUGGCAGCAAGCUAUCGGUGGCCACACCCUCACACCUACGGUGUCAUACAUCGCGACAGUGAACAGUGGCAGGAGAUUGCCGCCCUGGGAGAACACUAUCGAGGGGAUCAUCACAGGCUUCCAGAGAGUCGCUGCAGGAAAAAUCGGCUUGUGCGUAUCAAACAUCGAGAAGCGUCAGAAAACGGGCUUGUCAUACGAGGACGCAUGGAACAUAACCUCAGUUCAGCUCGCCUCAGCAUCAGAGGCUCACUGUCGGGCAAUACUUCUCUACACUUACUACACGGAGACAGAGAAGCUCGUGGAGACUGUGUCGCCGGCGUUGAAACAUGUCUUAGUGCAACUAGUCGACUUGUAUGUAGUUUACUGGGCGUUACAGCGACUUGGCGAUCUGCUCAGGUUCACAUCUAUAUCAGAAAAGGACAUCGACGAGUUACAGAAAUGGUAUGAAGACCUACUGACUAAGCUGCGACCAAACGCCGUUGGAUUGGUCGAUGCCUUUGACAUUAGAGACGAGAUUUUACGUUCAGCACUGGGUGCAUACGACGGCCGUGUGUACGAGCGCCUGAUGGAGGAAGCCAUGAAGAGUCCUCUGAACGCAGAGCCAGUCAAUAGCUCCUUCCACAAGUACCUCAAACCGUUCAUGCAGGGAAAGCUGUGAUCUUAUGACAUUAUUUUCUUUUUUUAAUUAUUUCACUUUGUACUUAGUCCUUAACUGAAAUGGUUAUAAGAAAUUCAUAAUAUCUAUUAAUCACUGUUACUAUUAUAAUGUUGAUGAUUGUAUCCCAGGUAGGGUUGCCAGAAAUGAGGCCAGGAUUGCA